UUCGUCACCUGAAAAAACACCCCCUCCAUUUUUAACAGCUUUUCUUCCCCUUACAAACUUCUCUGUUCAGUGUACUUCUCUGUUCACAAGUCACUAUUUUCUCUCUCUACUCUCUCACUGCCAAUGGAGUCUCGCGUGUUGACCGGUGGCGCCACCGCCAUUCGCGGUGGUCUCCCACUUCUCCGGAAGCCGGCGGCAGUGAUGAAGUUCACCACCGCCGCUACUUGCGGCAGUAACAGGGACUUCCCUGCUGGUGCUGUUACGGCAAAACCAGUCGGACCUCUGAUUGCCGGCCCCAAUUUGAUUUGGGGACGACAAUUACGUCCGGCUAUCCUUCUCGAAGCUUCACCAAAGAGGGAAUCCAUUAAGCCGUGCUCCGCUGCAGCUUCUUCUUCCGCCGGAAGCAGCGAUUCCUCCGGGGAGGCUAAAAUCGGGUUUUUCAACAAAGCAACUCUGACUACCGGGUUUUUCUUCUUCAUGUGGUAUUUUCUGAAUGUGAUAUUCAAUAUCCUCAACAAGAAGAUCUACAAUUACUUUCCUUAUCCUUAUUUUGUUUCUGUUAUACAUUUGGCUGUUGGAGUGGUAUAUUGUUUGGUGAGCUGGGCUGUAGGUCUCCCAAAAAGAGCUCCUAUUGAUUCAACACAACUGAAGCUGCUCACCCCUGUUGCCUUUUGUCAUGCGCUUGGCCAUGUUACCAGCAAUGUCUCGUUUGCUGCAGUUGCUGUCUCAUUCACUCACACAAUUAAAGCUCUGGAACCUUUCUUCAAUGCUGCUGCAUCUCAGUUCAUUCUUGGACAACAAAUACCUUUAGCACUAUGGCUGUCACUUGCUCCAGUUGUCCUUGGUGUGUCGAUGGCUUCAUUGACUGAGCUAUCUUUCAAUUGGUUGGGUUUCACUAGUGCUAUGAUUUCUAACAUCUCCUUCACAUACAGGAGUAUAUACUCGAAGAAAGCUAUGACUGAUAUGGAUAGUACUAACGUGUAUGCCUACAUAUCCAUCAUUGCUCUUAUCUUUUGCCUCCCGCCUGCCAUUUUUAUUGAGGGACCUAAAUUGCUCCAAUAUGGAUUCAACGAUGCCAUUGCUAAAGUUGGUCUAACAAAAUUCAUAACGGAUCUCUUUUGGGUGGGAAUGUUUUAUCACCUCUACAAUCAGGUAGCCACAAACACCCUUGAGAGGGUGGCACCUCUUACACACGCAGUUGGAAAUGUGUUGAAACGUGUGUUCGUGAUUGGAUUCUCUAUUGUUAUCUUCGGUAAUAAAAUUUCAACACAAACCGGUAUUGGAACCUGCAUUGCAAUUGCUGGAGUUGCAAUCUACUCUUUCAUUAAGGCCAAGAUGGAAGAAGAGAAAAGGCAAAAGAAAGCCGCCUGAAAAUGAAGGAACGCGGUAUCAGGAAGAAGGUUGUGAUGGACUCUGUGUUGAUUUUUCACUAUUUUCUCCUGUCCAAAUAAAAGAUGAAGAAGGGAAACCUCUGCUUUUCUUGGAGUUCUGUAGUUUAGUUUGGAGUCAAUUGUUUUGAUUCAAAGGUCAAUUGCCUGCUAAUUUCUGUAUACUUGUGAUUAUUGUAAUAAUAAUAAUAAUAAUGUACCAACUUCUAUAAAUAUUUCAUUCCCUUACAUCUUGAAUUCAUUAAAGACUGAAGAUUUUCAUAUAUUGUUAAUACAACAUGUGAAUUUUCAUGUG